AUGUCGGACUCCAACGAGCCAUUCUACCUCCGAUACUACUCAGGUCACUCUGGGCGGUUUGGACAUGAGUUUCUAGAAUUUGACUUCCGUACCCUCGGCGAUGGACGAAGCGCGUCCGCUCGUUAUGCGAACAACUCGAACUACCGAAAUGACUCGCUCAUUCGCAAAGAAAUGUGUGUUAGUUCUCUCUUGAUUGCCGAAAUCAAGCGCAUCAUCAAGGACAGCGAGAUUAUGAAGGAAGACGACUCGAAAUGGCCUCAGAAAAACAAGGACGGACGACAGGAAUUGGAAAUCCGACUAGGCACUGAGCACAUCUUGUUCGAGACGGCGAAGAUUGGAUCGUUGGUGGAUGUAACUGAAUCUGCGGACCCGGAAGGACUCCGGGUCUUUUACUAUCUUGUGCAAGACCUCAAAGCUCUUGUUUUCUCGCUGAUCUCUCUUCAUUUCAAGAUCAAACCUAUCUAA